AUGAAGUUGUAUGUUGGAGGGAUUGCAAGUGAAAUGAAUUGGGACUGGGACGUGGACUUAAUGUCGUAUAUGGAGAUUGAAAAGAUGAUAAAAAAUGAAGGAUAUUGUAAUAUACGGUGUUUGUGGUACUGGAAUCCUAAGUUUGCUUUUUCUCGAGGACUUCGGCCUUUGAAUGAUGACAAAGAUGUAUUAAGGUUCAUGGAAGAUAUUAGAGGAUAUAAAUUGAUUGACAUUUAUGUUGAACACAAAGUCGAAAAAGUUAAUAUUGAGGAUGUUAGGUUUGAUGAUGCAAAUGGUGAAGAUGAAAAUCUUGAAGAAGAAAAUGGUGAAGAUGAAAAUGUUGAAGAUGCAAAUGGUGAAGAUGAAAAUGUUGAAGAAGCAAAUGGUGAAGAUGAAAAUGUUGAAGGUGUCAAUAGUGAAGAUAGUGAAACAGAUCCUGAUUAUAACAUGAGUAAUGAGGAGCACGAGGGUGAUGAGGAUGAUGAGGAUGAUGAGGGAAGUGAGGAUGAUGAGUUGAACUUAGGUCAUGAUGUUGGUGUUGAUUGGACCAUAGUUCUCCCCAACACUUCAACAGAGAAACCCUUGGAAGUUAAUUCUGAUACUGAAUGUGGUGAUUCAGAUGACCUUCAUACACCACUUGGAAGUGAUGUUGAAGAUGGAAUGGAAAGGUUUCCAGCUUUUAAACAAAGUACAAAGUUUGAAAUUGGGAUGAUGUUCAAGGAUAAGAUGCAAAUUAAAGAUGCCGUAAAAGAGUAA